AUGGCAACCCAAAAUCUUGUUUUAGUUGUAACAGGAGCUUCUGCUGGUAUUGGCAGUGGGAUUGUUCUAGUAGCUAUCCAAAAUGGAGCCCGGGUUAUUGGCUGUAGUAGAAGUAGUGAAAAACUUGAAACAUUAAAAAAUGAAGUAAUUAAACGAGGUUAUUCUGUAGAUUCCUUUAACUAUGUGGUUGGUGAUGCAUCAAACAAAGAUGUGGCAAAAACUACUAUCGAAAAAGCUAUUGAACUUUACGGUCGCAUUGACGCUCUUGUUAAUAAUGUUGCUGAAGUUGACGUUGGUGAUCGUCUCUCAAACAUGGAUUUCGAUAAAUUUGUAAGAAUGUACGAAGUCAACAUUUUCACUGCAUUUUAUUGGAUUCAAAUGGCCUUACCUCAUUUAAAAGAAGUAAACGGAAAGGUUAUAAAUAUAAGUAGUAGCUCGAGUGUUACAGCAAGAGUGGGAAAUUCAGCCUAUGCCACGUACGCCGCCUUAAAUAUGUUAACCGCAUGUUUGGCUGAAGAAGAAAAAGAAAUUCAAACAAUCGCGAUUUGUCCAGGACCAGUAUUCACAGAGUCUUUGGAAGCUAACUAUAGCAAACGUGACGAAAAUAUAGCACCAUAUUUCAAAGCGUUUCAAGAAAAAUAUAGUAUAAAAGAAUUUCGUGAAAGAUCUUUCCAUCCUGAAGAUACAGGACACUAUGUUUGGGGUUUGAUUACUAACUUUCCCACAGAAUUUAACGGAAAGUUUGUAUUGUCUACUGAACCUUCUUUAGCCA